AUGAUUGGCCAAGCUUGCGCUCUGAUGCUUGCGCUCAUGCUCCUCACCCCAGGGACAGCUCGAGAGUGUUCUCCUGGGGGACACCAAAUUCUCCAGAGUCCUUAUAGAAGCAUCCAUUUUGAUGCAAUGCACCUCCAGCAGUCAGCUGCUCAAAAGCUGAUAUGUGACCAUUCCCUCUCCCCUGGAUGGUAUCGUUUUCUCAUCUUUGACAAACCUGCGGAGAUGCCAACCAAAUGUGUUGAGAUGAACCACUGUGGAACACAGGCACCGAUCUGGUUGUCUCUGAGAGACUCAGAAACACUGCCUCCACCUGGGGAGAUUAAACAACUGACAGCUUGUGCCACAUGGCAGUUUUUGUUCAACACUACAAAAGACUGCUGUCUCUUUCGAAUCCCUGUGUCUGUAAGAAACUGUGGAAAUUUUUUUGUGUAUUUACUACAGCCCACUCAGGGAUGUAUGGGAUAUUGUGCAGAAGUUACUUCUGAUGCAAAAUUACAGCAAUGUGAUCCUGAUGAAACUGAAAUUGGAGGUGAUUGUGUUCGUCAGCUGUCUGCUUCAUUGCCACCAACACUUCCAGGAAGGCCUGAGGUGGUGGUAGAAUUGAUUGAGUCCAGGCUUUUCUGUAGAUGUGCCUUUGAUGUUUCUCCUACAGAUGACUCUGUGGGAUUUCUCAUAACCUGGUCUAGGCUUUCUUCUCAACAAUUCAAAGAGGAGCUGAAACAAGAGACCACAGUUCAGGCGUUCUCUCUUUUAGAACUUGAUGGCAUAAAUCUCAGGCUUGGGGACAAGAUAUUUUGUAGUGCUUCUGUCUUUUUCUUGGAGAAACCACAUGUACAAAGUUUAGCCGUGGAAAGCCAAGAAUUUUUUGCAGGCAUUAAGUUACAUCCUGAAAUGAGCACCAUUUCAGAAGAUGGGAAAGAAUACCAGUUGAGAAUACAAAGCACCAUUCCUGUUGUUUGUUCUGAAUUCAAUGAGCUCGAUCAAGAAUGCAAAAUCUCAUUAACACUGAAAACUGUUGAUCAAGGUAAAGAACAGCGAGGCUUAAAUUUGGCACUCUCUUCCUGUCACGUGGAUCUUCAUCGGACAUCAUCCUGUGAUAAUGAAACCUGUAGCCACGCUGUUGUGUACUACACUGCUAUAACAGAUUUUUCUCAAGAUGGAGAUAGAAUUACGAACGUUCUGGUGGAUCCUAUAGUCAGUGAGGACUUCCUGUGGAACAGCUACAUUCCAGACAGCAUCCAGAUCAGAGUAAAAGAUGUCCCAAGUGCUUACUGCUACUCAUUUACUGACCCUCAUAUAAUUACAUUUGAUGGCAGAGAUUAUGAUAAUUUCAAGACUGGGACAUUUGUGCUCUAUAAGAGCACAUCUCGUGAUUUUGAAGUCCACGUACGUCAAUGGGUCUGUGGAAGUUUUCGCUAUCCUGUGUCAUGUAACUGCGGAUUUGUUGCCAAGGAAGGAGGUGAUGUCGUUACUUUUGAUAUGUGCAGUGGUCAACUACAUGAAUCACAGCCAUAUUUAUUUGUAAAGAGUCAAGAUGGGACUAACAACAUCAAGAUAACUGAAGCUUACUUAGGAAGAAAAGUCACAAUUUGGUUUGUUUCUGGAGCCUUUAUCCGUGCUGACCUCAGUGAAUGGGGCAUGAGUUUAACAAUUAGGGCCCCUAGUACAGAUUAUAGAAAUACAUUGGGACUUUGUGGCACCUUUGAUGGAAACCCAGAAAAUGACUUUCAUGAUAAAAAUGGGGUCAAAAUUGAUCAAAUUUUUAAUAAUCUUGUUGCUUUUAUUCAUGAAUGGAGAAUUUUACCAGGGAAAAGCAUGUUUGAUAUAAUGCCUACUCCUCUGACAUCACCUGAGAAAAUAUCCUAUUGUAGCUGUUCGGUGGACACUGUUUCAUUGCAUCUGGCCUCUAAUUUUCUGGACAAUGGUUAUCAAUCAGAAAUUGUUUCACAUUGUAAAGACUUCAAACAUGUCAGAUUCUCUUCUUUGAUACCAGAAUUAGAUGUCACUUCUGAAUAUAUUAAUUCAGAAGCUUUUUUAAGAGAUAUGAACAAACAUUUAUCUGAAGAAGAAAAUAAUUUAAAUUCCUUUCUUCCUGAUCAAAAGUAUGUAAACCUAAGCACAUUGAACUCAAAUUUACAAGCACUUCCUAGAAAUGAAAUACAAGAUACAACAGCUUUGAACCAUGAGACACACACACAGAACCAGGGGAGCCACAUCCAAGAAAUGGGGUGGAAUCCACAAAAGAGAUGGAAGCGGCAAAACUUUUAUGACUUUCUUCCUUUGUUUGCUUUGCAAAGUCUCAGCCAAAUUGACCUAGAUGAAUUUAGCUAUUUUUUCCCUGAGGACCAUGCUGAUGAUGUCCAACAAGAGUUUGACCAUUCCUGGCCCACACCCUCUGGUCUCACCGAACACAAUACCUCUGAACUCUGCCACCAGACUCUAGCCGACUCCAGCAUAGGAAGACACUGUCGUGCUUUUCUUGGCAAGAGGUUAGACAGUGUUAUAGAUAUGUGUGUUAAGGAUCUACAGUUAAAAGAUGAUCUUAGCUGGGCAAAAGCAGGUCUGGCCCUUUUAGAAAAUGAAUGUGAAAAGAGGAUUUGGGAAGAAGGAAAAUACAACACAGUCGAAUAUGACAAAUUGAUUGAAGACAUUCUGUUGGUAUUGAAAUGCCCUAAUUUAUGCAGUGGCCAUGGGCAGUGUAUGGAAUGGGGAUGUGCAUGUUUCCCAGGCUUUAGUUCCUAUGAUUGCAGUGAUGUGUAUGACAAAGCUCCUGAAAUUACAGAACUGGAGAAUGCUGGGUUUUGUGAUGUUCAAAAAUAUAAUUGCAUGAUGGUGAGAGUUUUUGGUCUAGGUUUCAAAGAAUUAUCCUCUAUUAAAUGUGAAGUCACUAAACUGCAGUAUAAUAGCAGUGAAUGGGUCCUUGGAGAACCCAUCUAUGCCAAUACUGUUUUUCAAAAUAGUAGCAACGUUGUUUGUCAGCUGCCAGCUGAUAUACAGCAGUCUGAUACCAUGGAUCUGAUGGGUGGAAAACCAAUUGUGAAAUUGCAAAUAAAGGUAUCCAACGAUGGCUAUAGAUUCAGUAAUCCCAAAAUAUUGAUCAUAUAUGAUAGUUCUUGUCAUGUUUGUCGUCCCUAUGAAAACAACUCAUGUACUGCAAAGGAGAAAGUUUGCUUUAUCGAUGGACUCUGCUAUGUUGAAGGGGAUAAAAAUCCUACCAGCUCUUGUUUGAUAUGUAGACCUAACAUUUCACAAUUCACGUGGUCAUUUUCAGAAAACAACCAACCCCCAGUAAUUCAAGUACCACAAGACAGAUUGCAGGCAUUUUAUGGAGAAAACUUUACGUACCAAUUCAUGGCCUUUGAUCCAGAAGGCUCUGACAUCCGUUUUACCUUAGACUCUGGUCCUGAAGGAGCAAGUGUUUCCCCCACAGGACUGCUUAUGUGGAAAACAGAUUCACAGACCCCUCAACUAUUCACUGUAUACCUAAAUGAUGAAUGCCAGGCUAAAACUAGAGUCACCAUUGAGGUGACCUUGAAAUCUUGUGAUUGCAUGAAUGGCGGAUCAUGUGUGUCUGAUAUGAACUUUCCUCCAGGAAGUGGGGUAUACCUAUGUGUCUGCUUGCCUGGUUUUCGGGGUGGUCUUUGUGAAAUAGACACCAGUGAGUGCCAAUCUAACCCCUGUGGUCAUGGCAGAUGCAUUAGUGGUUUUCACAGUUAUUCCUGUGAUUGCCCCUCUCAGUUCAAAGGCAAAAAUUGUCAGGAAGAUGUUGAUGAGUGUGAAUCCAGUCCUUGCAUUCCAGGAGUAGCGUGUUUCAAUACCUUUGGCUCCUAUCAUUGUGGUUCAUGCCCAAAAGGAUUUCAUGGUGAUGGGAAAAUGUGUCAUGUACAAAUGUAUUAUGUCAUGCAACAAGCUGAUAUAAACAAGACAUAUCCUAUGGCAACAGAUACAGAUUUUCAGCCACCGUCAACUGAGAAUUCACCAGCUGGUACAAGCGUUACCCACAGUCCUGCUACGAUCAAAAAGUUCUUGAAUACAACCAACCAGAUCUCACACUUAUUAAAAUCAAUUACAACUCAAGUUAAUAACUCCAAGAAGUUUAUUUCCAACCAUAUAUCUGGUUUUGAACAUGUGGAUCAUGCUCUCAGUACAAUUCUGAAUCUGGAAGAUGUGGAAGUUUCUGCUGACAACCUCAGUUCUUUAAGCACCAACCCAAACAGCUCUUAUGGCAAAGAAAAGGGUAUUCAGAGCACCAUGCAAACAGAGGCAGGAGAGUAUGAUUCUCAAGUUCACAGAUCUUCCCAAGGCUAUCCACAGUCUAAGGAGGGGUUUGAAUUAUCAGUUACUAGAGCAAUCACUAUCUCACUGGAAAAGCCUGAAUCACCCAAGAUACCAACUUGUGCCGAUUCACCUUGUUUUCUUGCCAUUUGUAGACACCCAUGUGGAAAAAACAGGGACUGUGUUGCCCCAAAUAUAUGCAAAUGUAAACCUGGUUACACUGGUUCUAACUGCCAAACUGCUGUAUGCCACCCUGAAUGUAAAAAUUAUGGAAAAUGUGUUAAGCCUAACAUUUGUGAAUGUCCUCUAGGACACAGUGGAGCAACCUGUGAGAAAGAACAUUGCAACCCACCGUGUCGACAUGGUGGCACAUGCCUGGCUGGCAAUCUCUGCACUUGUCCUUAUGGUUUUGUAGGACCAAGGUGUGAAACCAUGGUUUGUAAUAGGCACUGUGAAAAUGGAGGUGAAUGUAUUACACCAGAUGUUUGCCAGUGCAAGCCUGGAUGGCAUGGACCCACCUGUAGUACAGCUUUGUGUGACCCUGUUUGCCUCAAUGGCGGAUCCUGUAAUAAACCAAACACUUGCCUCUGUCCAAAUGGAUUCUUUGGUGCACAGUGUCAGAAUGCUAUCUGUCAGCCUCCCUGUAAGAAUGGUGGCCACUGCGUGAGAAAUAAUGUGUGCACCUGUCGUGAAGGAUAUGCUGGCAGGAGGUGCCAAAACAGCAUCUGUGAUCCUAUAUGCAUGAAUGGAGGAAAAUGUAUGGGACCAAACAUUUGCUCGUGUCCUUCUGGAUGGAAAGGGAAACGAUGCAACACCCCUAUCUGCUUUCAGAAAUGUCAAAAUGGUGGUGAAUGUAUUGCUCCAAACCUGUGCCAUUGUCCUGCCACCUGGGAAGGAAUGCAGUGCCAAAUACCAAUAUGCAAUCCAGAAUGUCUUAAUGGAGGAAGAUGCACAUUUCCCAACAUGUGUUCUUGCAGCACUGGAUAUUCUGGAAUCAGAUGUGAAAAGAAAAUUCAGGUAUUUUACAUGAAUAUUAAAUACUGCAGGGCACGUCCUCGCCCACGACCUGCCCCAGCCGUUGGAGAGGCUGAAGAUAAUCAGCAAGCAGCCAAUGGUCCGAACCAGCCAUCUGCUCGCAGUGGAUACCAGCGUCCAUACAACUACCGCGCCGCCCCCGUCUUCCUACUGCUCCUUCACAAGAUGGCAGAGACCAAGGCAGGUGAAGCCCCAACUGAGAACCCUGAUCCAGCCACCGAGCAGAGCAGUGCUGAGUAA